CCGAAUCAUUUGUACUGGGAAGCUAUGGGGAAGAGAGACAAUAGCACGCGUUCUGUUCCAACCUCGAGCUCUAACAUCAAGUUUCCACCUCUAUCCCCCAAGACGGAGCUCGAUGUCGCGUUAUCCUGGAAAACCAAAUUCUGGUCAUCGAAGAUAUAUUCUCUCCUGCUGAAUGCAAGUCCUUUGUGAAAUUCAUCGACGGCCUGCCGCUCGAGCUCACCCCGCCCAAGAAACGUGGAGAAGCGGAAAGACACAAUCAUCGCUUCUCCGUAACAUCCACCGAAUUCGCACAAUGUUUGCAUGAACUGUUUGCGCCUCAUUUGCCGGCAUUCCUACCUUCCAAGAAUAACAAAUCCUCAUCUGCUGUGGCAAAACCAGCUCAUUCGUUCAAUUCCAACAUCAGGGUCUACAAGUAUACAACGUCCCAAUACUUCGGUCCCCAUUAUGACGACGACUGCCGGGACGCAGUGACCGGGGCGCGGUCAGAAUGGACACUGCUGAUCUAUCUGAGUGGCCAAGAAGAUGGAGUGAGGGGCGGCGAGACGCUGUUCUACCGAGAUGAUACUCGGGAGGUCAUUAAGCCACCUCUUACGAGGGGGACAGCGCUCUUACAUCGACAUGGACGGGAUUGUAUGUUGCACGAGGGAUCACAGGUUACGGAAGGAGUCAAAUACGUCCUUCGGUCGGAUAUCAUGUUUUUAUGACUGCUUUCCUUUCUUUCGUCUCUACUCCUGUGCCAAGAAGGUCUUGAUGUAGGCCACCAUAACGUCGACCUGCUCCUCUGUGACUGCAUUGUAGAGCGAAACCCGUAUCCCUGACGAGAGCUUAGCGGAGUCAUCUGAAGAUUCGCACAAAACCUACCUCCGACAGAUCUAGAGAAAGCUUACCUUGAUACCCUCGGCUUCAGCACCGACGAUAAAUUUGGCUUCAGCGCCAUCGCCGAGGAUAUUGAACACCACGUUCAUCAGACUCCUCGAAUUCGGCCUCACCCUUGUUGUGAAUACACCUUUGUCUUCGCCCUCCUUGAUCGCUGCAUAUAGCUUAUCGGCCUUGCGCUUGUUCAGCGACUCAUAGUAGCCCAUCCCGCCCAAAUCCUUCAUGCGCUGCAGCACCAGUCCCGACAAUAGAUCGAAAAGACCGGCGGCGUGUUGUACAGACUCUGGCCGUCCGCUGUCGCUUUGUAGGACAUUGUGAUGGGUACGGGCGUAGCGCCGAGCUUGGCCGCAGCAUCUACAUCCACCAAACAGUCGUUCCGCACGAUUAGGAUCGUCAAGCCCGCCGGGCCGAUGUUCUUCUGAGCUCCGGCGUAGAUCACGGCGUGGUCCGCCAGGCGCGGGAUCGGACGGGACAUGAACGACGAGGAGUGGUCUCCGACGAGGGGCAGCAGUGUGUCUGUCGGCAGCAGGUGGAAGGGGAAAGACGCGUCCGACGACGCAUCAUCCGAGAACUGCACGCCGUCCACGGUUUCAUUUUCGCAGUAAAAGAUCAGUGCCGGGUCGGGAGAGAACUUGUAUGCGCUCGGAGGUGGUAUGCGAUCGAACGACUUUCCGUCCACCGAAUGCAAGCGCGAAUCGGCAGCGAUAUUCACGGGGCUGCUGCCGCUCAGCCUGCGCCCCUCGUCCGCCGCCUUUUUGCUCCACGAGCCUGUUACCACAUAGUCCAGGGCCCGCUCAGUGUCUGGCACGUCCGGGUGGAGCAGCCGAUGGCGUGCGAGGAGGUUGAGCACCACUGCAGAGAACUGUCCGGUGCCCCCGCCCUGCGUGAAGAGGAUACUGUGUGUUUGCGGAACGUCGAGCUGAGUGCGAAUCAAGCUCUCUAGACCGGCCAGAAACGUGGUGAACUCCUUCGAGCGAUGCGAGAUCUCCGCGAUGCCGAUGCCAGUGCCGUUAAAGUUCAGCAACCCUUUCGCGGCCUCUUGUAGCACAGACUCCGGCAACGCCGAGGGCCCUGCGCCAAAAUUGAUGACUCGGCCAGACAUGACAGCAGGAAGGAAACAGAUUGGCGUAUACCACACAAUAUGUGGACGAGAAAUUCAACUCUUCUGUUCAGUAUGACUCGAUUUACAGGCAAGGCAGACACGUGCAAGAGGCAUGCAGAUUGAGUAACGACAUAUGCGAGAGGGUAAAGCAGUGCGAAAACAGAGGGACAGAUAAAACACAGAGAUGAGAAUGCAAAUAGAUACUACUUGUGCGUGUACCAAGUACGGGAUUGGCAUAUCAACAUAGUAUAUCAUGAGGGAGAGAUGAGACGAGAUUGGGGAUACAUCGGUUGAGCAGUUCAUAGAUACUGGAGUAAGACGAUAUGCGAGAUUAUGGCAGGGAUAUCAUGCUUGGGUCAUGUCGGCAAAUGAUUAUGCGUGGCGAAGGUAAAGUGGAAACCAGCGGCGACUGCGCGCCGUGCAUUAGUGUCGUGCGCUGUGAUCGCAAGAAAGCACGGGCAUGAGAUUGCGAAAAAGAACGCGAGAAUGAUUAAGUUGGGAUGGUGGUGUAUGGGGCGACCCUUGGUUGGCCACGAUGAUAUUGGGUCCCAGAGGGUUGGAACGCAGCGAGGUCUUGCGGCGGCGGACGGGCCCGGCACGCCCACUAGCUGUAAAAUCCAAAUCGACGUCGGCAGCAACUUGUGAGAGGUCUGCAACAUCGACCAUGUUCGGAUCCGGAGCUGCAUCCAUGGCAGAGAUCCAGGACAAGCUAUCGAAAGGAUGCGAUGCAGACUGGAUCGGACAGUCUGAACGGGCACAAUGUGGGCGCGGCGAACGCGAUGCACGCGCCCUCUGACGACGAGGACUGCAAAAAGAGCGCGUGGAAGUGGCCUAGAAGGAGUGAGAAUGAAUCAGGUACACUGGAAAUGGUCGGCCUAACCAGCUGAAGACGAGGGUUGAUCGAUAUCGGAGAUCUGAGCCGUUGUGGCGUGACCAUGACAAGAGGAGGGAUUGCCGUAGAUGGCGAAAGUGGAGUGUUGGCUCCACACAGCGAUGAGUGGGACAGCAUUGAAUAAAUAGCGACGGAAGGCGAGCGAGAGGAGUCGCGAGGCUGAGGCGCUACAAGGGACGGCAUGGGGAGCGAUAACAAUACAGAACGUGUCGUGAAGGUCUUUAAAUCAUAGCAAGGACUAAUCGGGCGGACAAUGGGAGGAAGAUGAUUGCAGAUGGUGGGAAGAAGAAAGGGGGGUGACUCGUUACUCGAUGUGACGGGACGCGUCUCCUCACUAUCACACUGAUGGACAUGGCGCGGCUGUCUCCUCUGUUGUCUCUGGCUUCACACGUAUGAACCACGCGAUCAAUGAAACUGCGCGCCAAAAUCAAGAUUUUCAAGCUCUAGCGUCACGGAUCUGCCUCCACUGAUUCCAAUGUUCCUUGCAUCGAAUCACAGGCAAUGGCCUCGCGAGCAACGCCUUCACCGCUCUUCCGCCGGCCAGCACAAAGCAAGACGCGUAAAAGAGUAGCCAGCCAUAAAGCAGCGCGCGUAACUAGAAAGCAGCGAUUGGUACCCAAUACAGAUGCAGCCGAUGGACAUUAGCCGAUUCACAAAGCAACUUCAAGUUGCGUCGCAGCUGCGACCGCGUCGGUGACGUAAGGCGGAACUUGACUAAGACUGCAUAGAGAUGGCAUUUUAUUUGCGAGCUUCCGUUUUCACGGCCGCGAGAAUCCAAGCCGUUACUUGGGUGCAAAGUUCACGACAUCGAAUCCUUGACCGUACCACAAGUUCCAAUCGAAUUCCAACAUCUGGUUUUCCUGUCCAAACGCCCGAAUAAGCGCUGUGCUGGCCUCCUCUCCAUGGACUACCCUUGCGGCGAGUUCACGCGACUUGCUUGUUGCCCCUUGACCCCAUAUAUGCCUCUGAUCCCCAGUGAGGAACGUUCCUAUGCGGCGAAAUGUAAGACUGAUGCGCGCCCCUUCGUAUGCAAUCUCUGGUUCAGACUUGACGGAGAGCAAUCGUCUAUCUUGAUUGACGGCAUGAACCCAUUUCGCGUUGGUCUCCGGUCCAAGUACAAAGAUGGAAUUAUUCGGAAGGGGGACGCGUUGGGUUUCGCGAGCUGGACCGGGUUCCUUCCGAACACUACCCGCCUCUUCACCGUCGCGCUCGUUUGUCGGGUGCGAACUUUCUCUGUCUUUCUUCAAGCGCAGAGUCAUCGUGCGUUGGGCACCGAGGCUGACGUUCACGAUUUUCGACCCUUUCACAACAUCGAUCGUCUUGUCCGAGUGCUCAGAGAUGUAGUCCGCUCCGGUGCGAUACAGUUGGAUGAGAACAUGGUUUACCUACACCGCGAUAAGUCUCUUCAGGGGUCAAGAGGGCCUAGUAAUUACGGGAUGCUUGACUGCCUGCUCCACAUAUUGUCGAAUGAGCUGGACGGUUGGAGAGAAAGGGUGCAGCGGAGGCGAUUCGUCCGCCGGAUGUCGAUAGAUCGGAAAGCUGCCAUCAGACGCCACAGCACCCUCGACAGCAACCAGCCUCGGCACUUCACCACCUUGUGGACGACGUCUUCUAACCAAGGAGACGCGUGGUUGAUCAAAUCGCCUUACCAUGAUGAUUCAUGCGUUGAAAGGCUACCUCGGAACGCAAACGGUCAAAUGCCACCUCCGCGAGUUCUGCAUCGAGCAGAUUGAGUCCGAGCCAAGAAUCUCCAGCUCCUAUCGCUUCCCCUGGUUCCAUAGUCGUUGAGUGGGACAUGACAAGACGAGAUAUGGAGAUAGAGCUCAGAAUGAGUCAUAGCCUCUCCCAGUAGACGGCGGGAAUGACUUGAUCGCAGGCAGGUCGGAUUUACGGAUUGAUUUGUUUACCCAUGCUUCAUCUCAUCCGCAUGCACACACAACCACGACCAGCUUACAGCAACCUCUUUCACACUGUACGAGUACCGCGGAAGUAACAAAUGUCAUCUGCGUUGUCACAGCAUGUCCGGGUCGCGCUUGAGUCAAACCCAGCUUCCUUAGCAUCCACGCUCGCAGACCUAGCGACUGUUACGCGCGAGAUUGUUUCGAGCUUGCAGCCGUCUACGUCUAAUCCAUCCCUCGAUUUGCUGGAUGAUAGUCUCCACCAAUUAUUCGACGAGCUCAGCGACCAUUCCAUCUUCCAGGCGCAAAUAUUUCUUGUUGUGCUCGAACAGUUGAUCCAUAUCCGUGCAUCCCUCAUCGCCUCAUGGUUCGACAUCCUGCUGCGCCCGGCGCUUCGGGAACCCAACCUACCAGAAGCCGCCCGCAUUCAGGCAACAGAUCUUGUAUUUGCAGCUCUGUGCGGUGAAGCGGAACCAUCCAAACUGCGACGGCGCAUCGUGGAUCUGUAUCUUCUGGACGCGUUCAACGAGGGAUCGGGGCAGGAUGUUUUGGAAUGGGCUGCACUUGAACCACAAGAGCGAAAGGUUAAAGCCUCUUGGAAGGCAAAUCUCGAAGCUGUCUUACUCAAAUUUGGACUGCGUAUGCCGGAGGACUUUCUCACUGAGCUCAACAUCCACUUCGCAACUCCUUCUGCCCGACUGCAGCUGUCUAUCCUGCUUAAUCUGUAUACCUCGUUACCUGCAUUCCAAUCCGAAUCAACCGUCCGCGUCCUGGCAUCGCACCCGCUGAUGUCCAGCGUCUUAAACUCCCUCCUACUUGACACCUCAACGACCCUUUGCACGCACACACUGACAUUGCUGGUCAAAUUGCUACCAAUAUUUGCAGUGCAUGCAUCUCCUGAUCUCAAGAAACUGCUUCCACGAUUUCUCAUCAUCCUGUCCCGCAUCUUAUAUUGGCGCGAGCGGUUGCCCUCACGAUUUUCCGACCAGGAAAGCGCCCAGACAGAUCUCGAUGUAGAGUCUGGCCGAUCUGCAGCUCCGGUCCUCCAGGUCAAGGAUGGAUUUCAGUGGCAAGUUCUGCGCCAAUCUUUUGAUGCGUCUGCCAUGCCACCAAAUGUCCGACGAUAUUUCACGCUGCUAUAUUAUCUGUUCCCUUGCAAUGUGCUUAGAUAUCUGCGAGCACCUGUUGAGUAUCUCAGCAGCAUCGCCUUGAGCGGGACGGAUUUGGAAUGUCCAUAUGCAGAUGGAUGGGAAGGUUCUUUGGAUGAGAAACGAAUCCGGGUCGUCAGCGAGCCGAUGCUCAAAUCGCACAUCGCACAUCCGCUCAUUAUCUGGCGGGAUGCAGAGGAGGAGUUGGCUCAACCAGACUUCUGGACAGAGCAGGAAUUCGAUGUUGAGCAAAUCGCUACGGAAUCGAUGAUGCUUGAUGUGCGAAAUGCGUCGCUUGGCAUCCAAGAGCAGGUCUUCGAGGAGCAAGCAUCCCUCUCGAGAUGGAACGACGAAAACAUUGUCCCCCUCAGUUCCGAUGUCGCAGUCGACGAUCCUCUUGUGAAAAUCAGCCAUACGGCCACCGAUGAAAGCCACUCGCCUGUCCAUGUCAACCAAGCUUUGGCUGGUCUUCAGCGAGAGGUUCUUCUCCUUCGAAACGAGCUGAACCUCGAGGUUUGGUUGUCGCGCCAAAAUGUCAAGCACGUGGGAAGACUAUAUCACGAGAGAGUGCUAUCCAGAGAUGCUCUGGUCGAGAGACAAGGCUUAUACAAUAAACUGCGGACUUACCGCAGCCAAGUCGCGGUUCUUGAUAAGGAGCUCGGAGAGAGCAAGGCGAACACGCUGGCCAUCAAGCAACAGAAGGAAGAUUACAAUGCAGAAUUGCAGACGAAACUACAAGACUUCCGAGACCAGAGCAAGGCCUUGAACAAAGAAGCAGCCGCUUUACGAACAGCGGAAAAGAUGAAUCAGGCGUUAUUCAACGAGCAGGGAAAACGUCUGAGCGAGGCCAAUCAGGAAGUUGCGGCUCUCAAAACGAGACAGAAGGAGUCUCAGCACAAGAUUGAUCGCUUGGACGACUAUGAACGCCAGAUCCAGCAAUACAUCAAAGUGCAGCAGCUGUUUGACAAAGAUUUCGACAGUUUCAACCUUCGCGGCAAGGAAAUCCAAGAUGUCCGAGUAAAACUCGAACAGAUGCGGCUGCGAAGCGAAGCCUUGGAGUCUUCAGCACAAGAACAGGAAGACAGUGUUCGCCUACAGCGUCAACAUAUCCGUGCCCUAGAGGCCCAACUUUCGCACGAAAAGGAACGAGUCGCCAAGGCCGCAGUGCUGAGUUCUCGACGGGAGGAUGACAUUGCGACAUUUGCGAAGCAAAGCAAAGAAUAUAAGGAGCAACGUGAUGAAAUGUCAGAUGAGAUAGCUGCAUUACGGGAUGAAUUGGAGGAGCAACGAGCAAUGGUCGAAGAGUUGCGAGCGCGCGAUGAAGCACAUCGAGAUGUUGAUCCGUCCUCGACUUUUUUGCUCCCAUCCACGAUCCCCCCCCUCCCCACAUCCUUCCUCAUCGUAGGCCACUCUACUUCUACCGUUGUUUAUACGCUUAUCGCCCCCAGUGUCAUGGCCACUGAAAGCUUUGGAUUCCAGGCCGAGAUCAGCCAGCUCUUGGACUUGAUCAUCAACACUUUCUACUCCAACAAGGAGAUCUUCCUGCGUGAAAUCAUCUCUAACAGUUCCGAUGCUCUCGAUAAAAUCCGCUACGCGUCGCUCACCGAUUCCACUGCAUUGGACUCGGAGAAAGAGCUUUACAUCCGUCUGACUCCUGACAAGGAGAACAAGAUCCUUUCCAUUCGCGAUACCGGUAUCGGCAUGACUAAGGCCGACCUCGUUAACAACCUGGGUACCAUCGCCAAGUCUGGCACAAAAGGCUUCAUGGAGGCCCUCUCCUCCGGCGCCGAUAUCUCUAUGAUCGGUCAAUUCGGUGUCGGUUUCUACUCUGCAUACCUUGUUGCAGAGCGUGUGCAAGUGAUCUCGAAGCACAACGACGACGAGCAGUACAUCUGGGAGUCUGCUGCCGGCGGUACCUUCACCAUUACCCCGGACACCACCAACCCACCUCUCGGCCGUGGAACCGAGAUCCGCCUCUACUUGAAGGAGGAUCAGCUCGAGUAUCUCGAGGAGAAGAAGAUCAAAGAGAUCGUCAAGAAGCACUCCGAGUUCAUCUCUUACCCUAUUCAGUUGGCGGUCACAAAAGAGGUCGAGAAGGAAGUCGAGGAUGACGAGGAGGUUGUUGCUGACGAGGAUAAGCCCAAGAUCGAGGAGACCUCUCUCAAGGACUACAUCACUCGUAUGCCCGAGAUCCAAAAGUCCAUCUACUACCUCACUGGAGAAUCGCUCGCUGCUACGCGCGACUCUCCGUUCCUGGAAGUGUUGAAGAAGAAGGGCUUCGAGGUUCUCUUGCUUGUCGAUCCGAUCGACGAGUAUGCCAUCACCCAGCUCAAGGAGUUCGAGGGCAAGAAGCUGGUCUGUGUGUCGAAGGAGGGGCUUGAGCUCGAGGAGACGGAAGAGGAGAAGGCCGCUCGUGAGGCUGAGACCGCCGCGUUCGCCGACUUGUGCACAACUGUCAAGGACGCGCUCGGCGACAAGGUCGAGAAGGUCGUCAUCUCCAACCGUAUCACGGAUUCUCCCUGUGUGCUUGUGACUGGACAGUUCGGGUGGUCUUCGAACAUGGAGCGGAUCAUGAAGGCGCAGGCUCUGCGGGACUCGUCGAUGUCGUCCUACAUGGCAUCGAAGAAGACUCUCGAGCUCAACCCGCACAACCCCAUCGUCAAGGAGCUGAAGCGCAAGGUCGCCGAGGACAAGGGCGACAAGGCUGUUCGGGAUCUGACAUUCCUGCUGUUCGAGACUGCGCUGCUGACAUCCGGCUUUGCCCUCGACGAGCCUGUCUCGUUCGCGAAACGCAUUCACCGCAUGAUCUCGCUUGGGCUGGAUGUCGACGAGGAUGAAGAGCCCGAGGCCGCCGCCAACGACGAGGCCCCUCCGCCUCUCGAAGCAGCUUCCUCGCGUCCCAAGAAUGUCCUGCUCGUGAUCUCCACCCCUGACGUGUACAAGGCUGCCAACAGCGAUUGCUACAUUGUCUUCGGUGAGGCCAAGGUUGAGGACAUGUCCUCGCAGGCUCAGCUCUCUGCUGCCCAGCAGUACGGCGGCGGCGCCCAGGGUGCCAACCCCCUUCUCCAAGGCGGCGCCGAGGAUGAUGACGAUGAUGAGGAGAUCCCCGAGCUCGAGGCACCUGAGGAAGACGGCACCCCGGAUGAGUCUGGUCUGGACCCCAAAGAUAUCGAGCUGGUCAUGACCCAGACCAACUGCUCGCGUCCAAAGGCUGUCAAAGUAUUGAAGGAUUCUGGUGGUGACUUGAUCAACGCGAUCAUGGCUGCGAGCGAGUAAUCAGUUCAGUGUGUAUCCUGUAUCAUACAAUUUGCCAUCUUCGGGCUUCUACAAAAUAGUUGCUGCGUUC